CCUCCGACGUCGCAUUGAAUUGCACGAUGCUUCCCAAUCAGCCGCGCCGCGCUAUUUAUCCUAACCGAAUGGAAGAACUCCCACGGCAAGCGAAAGGCGUCAAUCGGCAGAUAAACGUGUAAAUCGGCCGCUUUUUCCAGGCAGCCUCGCUUGCCACAUCUGGGGAGGGAUCGGAUCGGAUUUUUCACGCCCUCCGUGAGCGGCGCCUCAGCAGGACAGCUGUGUCAUCAACAACCGGCGUGGUUUUGUUGUCGUCUCCUCCGACAGCCGCUUGGCUUGCGGCCAGUCUGCUCGCGCGCCCGCCGCCGCCGCCGCCGUUUCAGCACCGAGGUGCGCCCAGCUCGGUGGCCUCGUGACAACACGUCCCAUCGUCUCGGUCCUCCUCGUGUACCAUGAGCUCCGGCUCUGCCCAGGAUGUGGCAGUCGAGCAUUUCCUGCGUGACAUAGAGAGGCGGAGUCAGCGGCUACACUGCGCUGUGAUUGGCUGCGAGGCGGAGCGACCCCGCAGCGACAUGAACCUGCUCUAUCGCAAGAGCCGUUUGGAUUGGAGGCAGAGGGACCAAGAUGGAAGCAAGAAAAGCUCCUCUCAAAAUGACCCCUCGGCGACCGUCGGCAAAGUCAGAGACUUGGCCUCGUUCCGUCGCCACUUCCGCAUGGGCUUCAUGACCAUGCCGGCCUCCCAGGACCUUUCCCCUCACUCGUGUGCCUCAGCCAUGGCGCCGCGCUCGCAGUCCUGCCACGCGGUCGGUGCCGGGGACGCGAGUCUCGAGAACGGAGAUUACUCCGACAGCCAAUCCCAACACGGCGGCCGAUGCCCGCCGGUCAAACCCAAGCGCCACCCGAGCACUCGCCUCAGCUCCUCCUCUGCCGACGGCAGAGGACCUCCGGAGACGCCGCCGCCUCCGCCGCCCUCCCACUCGCAGGCCAAGCACUCCGACAAGAAGAAUGCCAUGAAGAAGUCCGACUCGGGAGACCUCGGCUCAAAAAAGCUGCCUCCUUUAAAACCCAAGAGAAGUCCCAGCACCCAGCUCUCCUUUGACCCACUUCCUCCACGUGUGCCUCAUUCUGCCGCAUCCCUCCCUUUCCAGGGAGCCGACUCGCAAGUCCAGACCGGAGACGGGGAUGAUGAGCCGGUCUACAUCGAGAUGGUGGGUCAAGUGUUUACCAGAGAGAGCCAGACCGCGACCCCUCAUCCCGUCACUCCCGUAGCCACCACGCCCGAUUCGGACUCGGACCAGAGUGAGGCCAUCUACGAAGAAAUGAAAUACCCGCUGCAAGAGAACCGAGAAUCUCAGAGACACCUGCCGACCAAACACGAGAAGAUGAAAAGUUCGAAACAUUACCACGUCACCCCCUCGCCCUCCGGCGGCUCCUCGUCACUGCCGCGACCCUCCUCUUCCUCUCCCUCCUACUCUAAACCCAAAGCUACCGUCUCCAUCUCUCAUUCGUCCCCACUCCCUUCCUCCGCAUCCUCCACCCCCGUCCCCCAGGUCCUAUCCGCCAGCCCUCACACUCCACGAGCGCCUACUCCCUACCUGCUGCAAGGGAGUAAAUGUGAACCAGACUCCAACACAAAGAUCCCCGCGCCUUUCCCAAAUCUCCUCCAGCACCGGCCCCCGCUGCUGGCUUUCCCUCAACCUGCAGCGGCCUCCAGCGGCGUGGGGGUGCAGAGCAAGGGUUCGGCCUCCUCCAAAAUGGGGACUCAAACGCCCAGCGUGACCACUCAAGCCGGAACCUCCUCCUCCUCAUCUUGCUCCAACGUUCCGUCAUCAGGCUCCAAAGAGCCGUCGGGAGGAAGUGUAACGCCGCAAGAGAAACACAGCAGAGAUUCCCAGUCGGGGCCCGCUCCCGGACUCAGAGCCAGGAGUCACUCGACGCCGCUGCCGCCGUCCUCGAAAUCGACCUCACCUUUCUCCCACCACCACCACCACCACCACCCUCACCAUCGGCCCUCCCACUACCAUCACUAUCGCAAGCCGGAGAGGGGUGACUCUCCCGUUCCGCUCAAGAGCAGCUCUCAGACUUCCACCCAGACCACCGUGCAGACCCAGACUUCGGGUACGGGCAAGGAAGGGAAGUCUGUUAGCUUCCUCUUGAAGACGGACAAAGGAGAGAAGGAUAAGGAUAGGGAUCGGGACAGGGACAGGGAUAGGGACAGGGACAGGGAUAGGGAUAGGGAUAGGGACCGAGAUCGAGACAGGGAUCGGGACAGGGACAGGGACAGGGAUAGGGAUAGGGAUAGGGGUAGAGACAAGGACAGAGACCGGGACCGGGACCGGGAUAGCGGUCCGCACUCUUUGCAACUGGAUCUUCUUCCUGCCACAAACAGUCAAACAUCUCAAGGCAGCACCAGCUCCACGCCGACGCCUCUGUCUUCAUCCCAUCGCCCUCAUUCUCGUCCUCAUUUGCGCUCUCACACGCCCCACGGCCUGCCAGCUUACAGGCCGCCGUCCUCUGACAGCCCGCUGCUGUGGACUUACCCCUCCGGAGGCUUCCGCAGACCGCCGGCUUACGAGAGCUUGAGAGGAAGCUCCCAGACGCCGUCCUCGCAACAGCCCUCCAGCCUCACCGGUGUCGGCGAGGUUGGAUCCAAGAGCGGCGAAGGCUUUUCGUCGCUCCAGUCCAAAGCUGGCUUCGUGCCAUGGGACAGCAGCUCUAGCUUUGCAGCCGACGAAGGCUUCUCUUGGCCCCUGCAGAGGAAAUUGUCCUUCAGCCAUGGGAGCAGAGAAACCGAAAAAGAAGAAGGCCGAACGUGGAACGGCAGUGCCGAUGCCUUAUUGAGGAUGGAUAAGGAAGAGUUGGGAACGGGACUUCGAGGGGGCCCGUCGAGCAUCCCGGUGCACUACAGCGGCGGCGCGAGCCGGACCCUCGGCCACUGUGAGUCGCUGGUGGGUGCGGACAGCGGCCCGGGAUUCAGAGCCCUGCCCAGAAUCGGGAUGCCGCUUCCCUGCCAGACGUUUCCCGCCUGUCGCAACGGAGAAGUGGGGCGGCUGGGCCGUUCCUCCUCCGCUGCUGGGGCGAGACAGGUGGGCGGAGGAGACGUCCAGCGCCAGAGCAGUCUACCAGCACGAGAGGCCCUCAAUCAGCCGCAGGGUCCGGCGCAGCCUCGAGCGUCCUGCGGUCCCGGCAGUCCCGGCGUGUCUCGGCAGCAGCAGCAUCUGCAGCUCCACCAGCAGCAGUUGCAGUUGCAGUUGAAGCAGCAGCUCCAGCAGCUUCAGCAACAGCACCACCUGCAGCUGCAGUUCCAGCAGCUCGCUCGGCUGGCGCAGGGUCAGCCCGCCGCGGGCUCCGGCGCCGCCUCGUCCGCGAUGCAGACCCAGAGAGACGGCAAGUUGCUGGAAGUCAUCGAGCGCAAACGCUGCCUCUGCAAGGAGAUCAAGGCCCACAGGCGCCCCGAUAAAAGCCUCUGCAAGCAGGACAGCAUGCCCAUCCUCCCUAGCUGGAGACGGACACCCGAACCGCGCAAGACGGGCACGCCGCCUUGCCAAAGGCCGCAGGCCGUCGUGUGGGACACGGCGAUCUGACAGGAGGCCGGCGAGGACACGCAUGAGCGAGGGGGCUCGUAUCACUGAGACGGGAGUCAGCCUUUUGUCUGACGCCGGCGGUUGCGGUCGCACCACUUCCGCGGGGCGGUGUCGGAUAGAGGUCAAAGGUGAGAGCAGCGGUGAUGCCGAGGUGGAGCUGCUUGUUUCGAAAUGGAAAUGAAAGAUAAGCAGGCGUUCCGAUCUUCUUCUCCUUCCCCUUCUGCGAAUCCUCCUCUCCUAUCUUUGCCUGUCGUCCGCGUCGUCUGCUACGUCUCCGGAUAUUUGCAAGUCUUCCUCGCCACGCCCGAAAAUCUCCUCUUUGGUCUUCCUCGUCGCCUCCCUACCGUUUGGCGUGUCCCUCCACCGAUAUACCCACUCACACUUUCCUCCACUUACUCUCGUCCUCGUCCGUCUUUCACACUUCAAAUUGCUCUCGACAGUCGGGGCCCUCAUUUUCCGACCCGCUCGAGGCGGGUUAUACCGCUGUCGGUCAUUUCACUGACGGCGGAUCCGAGAGCGGGCGGGGUGCGCCGCCGUGGGUGUGUUUACAGCUGACUUCAUGCGACGUUCCUGCGCGGAAGAGGACGAUGCGUAACGCGACGUACGCGCCUCUGGCCAGUGUGCCACGGACAAUGUGAGCGGGUACCCAUUUGAAAUAGAAAGCGAGCUGCCGAUAACUGCCGGCGACCUAAAAAUGUCCACGGACCUCGGUAUUUGCCCGCCUGCGGUCCGAUCAAAUUCACCGAAUUGCCGUUAGACCGGCGGUCUACCCUAGGCCAGGAUUUAGAUGUGGUCUGAGCAGGUGCAAGUUAAGAUGCACUUUCUGCCACCAAAUUGUCACUCUCAGGGCAGUCCAUCUGCCGCGGCGGAAUGCUCAUCUUGGCGCCAGAUUGGCAAACAUGCGGCGAGCCUUUGGCUUGCACAAAGAUCAGAAUCUUCCAGCGUUCGCAGGAUGCGCUGUCUGCGAAAACGGAGCCCGUGAUCCGCACUCCUUGAGCUCCUGCGCCAUCUCCACUCGCGCUCCUUGGAAGCUCACCUUCCGCCAGCCCGCCUUUCAUUCGCACACUCGCUCAAUCUUGCCGCAGCUGACCUUCAUUCCUCGUCUCUCCAGGUUCUCCUCCACCUGCUCCCUACUCUCGCCGCAGAUCCCGCCCGAGCUCAUCUGUCAAUCUGUCCGUCACCAGGUCAAACGGGGACGCGAAUCGAACAAGGGAAAUGUCUUGCCCGGUUCAUUUCUACGUACUAAACUAUCCCUCCGGUUCUAAUUGCCAACGAUUCUGCCAUUAUUCUCACUGCUGAGGACGACGGUUCGAUAGGAAAGCCCGAGAUCCGAAUUGCCAAAUUUCCUCCUGACUACUUGACGCAUAGAUUUCUUUUUUUUUUUUUUUUUUUUUCUUCCCCCCCCUCCAAUGCACAGAGAGGAAUUAAAUGAAGGCAGCAGUCAUAAAAGAGCAACAUGAGUCCCACAUGCUGUGUGGUGAGUACAGGUAGGACUCCUUUGCCAAGUCCUUCAAGUGUUUCUUGAAAAUUGUCAAUGAGUACGAUACGUCUUGGUAUCGGUAGAUUGUCGUCGUGGAUGCAAGUGAUCGCCGAGGUGUAAAAGCUACCUACUCUUAUGUGUUUGCAUAAUAUUUGUAAAUCAAGUUACU